AUGUUCUCUUCAGCUUUUGAUCUUUAUGCUGCCAUGGUUGCUCCUGGGUCCAUUAUUCUUCGUUAUACAGCAACAUCGCAAGCAAAUACAGACCCAGAUCUUCAGCUGGAUAAUAAUGAUUCUGCUGAUGCUGCUUCUUACAAACUGAGUCAUAUCAAGGGCAUUGUUUCUCAAUUAUCUGUGUAUAGAAAGAAUGUCUGCAUGUGGAUGAUAAAUGAUUUGUAUCAGAUUGCCCUUGCGAAAGCACCCUCAAUCUCGUCUUUUAACAGCUCAAAAAGAAAAGACUCAGAACCUGCCAUAUAUUCGACUUUGAACCCCUCCUUAAACCCUCUAUUUUGGAUCGACUGCUACCAUCAUCACAGCCUUUACCCGUUUCUUUCUGACCAUCAAAUAACGCUCGCACCUGAUGCCAAAACUCAACAAGCAUCAAUAAAGCCAGCAGAUGGAGCAAUAUACGUCUUUGUUACGUUCGCUGUCACCUUCACUUUCUCUUCUUCGCACCUUUUUCUGUCCAUACGAACUAUUUUUUCUCGGUUACCUUCAAUAAUGUUAUCCAAGCGUUACGCACCGUCUUCGGACACAAGCGACAACGAUGUUUUUAUAGGAGAGGAAUUAGAGAUGAAACGCUUAAUUGAUGAUAUUACGGAGAGGAGUAGCCAACGAAAAGAAAUCAAUGGCACCAACAUACAUGGAUUGAGACUCGCUCAAAAAGAAGUUGCUUCCUUUGCAGAAGAUGAUGAACGUUUGAUGGUUGAAUGCGCAAAAACGGAAAAAAUCCCUACGAAAGCAUUAGCGAAAAAGAAGCAGAAAGAUAAUAUACAAAUAUUGAAGAUUUUAAUUCACUUUAUGAACGAUAAGGAUGAAGUAUACAAUAUUGCAAACCAGAAAUAAUUAGAAACUACAUAAACUCUAAUAUAUGAGUACCGUGAAUUAAGUGUUGUGUUUAGUUGACAGCAUCAUAUGAGAUGUGGAGACCUCGUAUACAAAUUAUACAAGAUCCUCACACCUCAUUACUGCUGAAAUAAAUAUAAAGUAGAGUAGGAAACGAAUACAGAAUAAGUGAUGAUUCUUAUACGAGAUUAGCUACCUCGUAUAAGGCUGA